UUUCCAGAACGGCCCUCUCGACGGUUUCUUCUCUAUGGCUCCGGGCUGCCGGAGCCGGAGGGCGGCAGGAAGACUGAGCCUUUGAACGGGACCGGGCGGGGGGCGGGGCAACCGAGCGGGAACCGAUGGAGGCCGAGAUGGAGGCAGAGACGUUGGAGUCCAGGAUCAAUAGAGCUACAAAUCCUUUAAAUAAGGACUUGGAAUGGGACAACAUCAAUGCUUUUUGUGACCAGCUGAACAAAGAAUUAGAGGGCCCUCCAUUAGCAACCCGGCUCCUAGCCCACAAGAUCCAGUCUCCACAAGAAUGGGAAGCCAUGCAGGCUCUCACGGUGCUGGAGGCCUGUAUGAAAAACUGUGGCAAGCGCUUUCAUGAUGAAGUUGGCAAGUUUAGGUUCCUUAACGAGCUCAUCAAGGUUGUGUCACCAAAGUAUCUAGGAAACAGAACUCCAGAAAAAGUGAAAUCAAAAAUCUUAGAAUUGAUGUAUAGCUGGACGUUGGGUCUGCCCGAGGAAGUGAAAAUUACAGAAGCAUAUCAGAUGUUAAAAAAACAAGGACCAAAAGCGAAUGGAGAAGAUUUCCAAGCGAGUGCAUGCCAUUGAAGAAGUAAAUAACAAUGUGAAACUGCUGACUGACAUGGUUACUAACUAUAGCAAUGGAGAGAGGACAGAGAGUAGCGAGGAUCUGAUGAAAGAGCUGUAUCAGCGCUGUGAACGCAUGAGGCCCAUGCUUUUUAGGCUUGCUAGUGACACAGAAGACAAUGAUGAAGCACUGGGGAUUGUAAAAUGUGACCCCAAGUUGCCAGAUGAUGCACCUUUCCUUCUACCUCCUCCCAGACCAAAGAAUGCAAUCUUUGACGAUGAAGAGAAAUCCAAGAUGCUGGCCCGCCUGCUCAAAAGUUCCCAUCCUGAAGAUCUCCGAGCUGCCAAUAAACUCAUCAAAGAGAUGGUUCAAGAGGAUACUUCUAUUCAGUUUGGCUGUGUUUUUGUGGGGAGCUGUAUAAAAUUUUCUUCUUCUUUUUUUUUAAAGUCAUCUGAGAGCCCAGAAAUGGAUGUCCCUUCAGGACUACCGGCUCCAAUAGGGAAAGCUGAAACUGGACAGCCUGCAUCUCCUGUUGCUACUAGUGGUAUGGAUGACCUGGACCUGCUAGGCAAGACUCUGUUACAGCAGUCUCUUCCUCCAGAGUCUCUUCAAGUCAGAUGGGAGAAGCAGCCACCCCCUCGAUUAACCCUGCGUGAUCUCCAAAACAAAAGCACUUCCAGCCCAUCUCUGAGCACCAAUAGCACUUCGUCCAUCUUCCCAAAUAUCUCUUCAAACCCUGCUGUCACUCUGCCCAUAGAAAAAACACCUCCUGUUUUGGCCCCUCAAGGGUCACCGACUCUGUCUGGAAGUGCAAGCCUUCCAGCAGGUCUCCCAGCUUCCACACACCCCUUGGAAUUCUCACUGACGAAUGUCUCUGUGCCUCUGGAAUCUAUCAAGCCAAGCAGCAUCCUCCCAGUGACUGUGUAUGACCAGCAUGGUUUCCGUGUCCUCUUCCACUUUGCCAAGGACUCUCUGCCUGACCGACCUGAUGUACUAGUGGUGGUCAUCUCUAUGCUAAGCACAGCCCCUCUGCCCAUUAGGAACAUCAUCUUUCAGUCUGCCGUCCCCAAGGUGAUGAAAGUGAAACUGCAGCCACCUUCAGGGACAGAGCUCCCACCAUUCAACCCAAUAAUGCCCCCUACAGCAAUCACCCAGGUCCUCCUCCUUGCAAAUCCACAAAAGGAGAAAGUAAGACUACGAUACAAGCUGACCUUCACCAUGGCAGAUCAGACUUACAAUGAAAUGGGAGAUGUGGACCAGUUCCCCCCUCCAGAAUCAUGGGGAAAUCUCUAGUGCCACAGCCAGUGUGCUGGGUCAUGUUUCUAAAGAUUCUGCCUCGCUUAGGACCAGAGCCUUCCCAGGAUUGGCUGCUGUUUGGACUCUGCUUUCAGACUGCAAAGGCAGGCGCAGGAGGAGAGGCAGAAAAGAACAAGAGGGGAUGUCUGCCUUGGGUCAGAAGGACAAGAAUGAUUGAGUUGCUCUCUGUUCUUUGAUUUCUGUUCUUAUUUGAUUUGUCCUUUACCCUCAUCUUGUUGUCUCAUUUUUUUGCUUUUCCUUCAUUGGAAUAAUAUCAGCACAGAUGAGCUUUGAAUACUUUAGACCUUCUUCUGUACAGCUUUCCCAUCUGCUGAAGUAGUAUCAGAUCUUACACUUUCCCAUUAAUACCACUUCUGCACAAGCAACCCUGACAUAGAUCAGUUCUGGAUUUUCAGAAUGCAACACAAAAGAUGGGGCAAGAUAAGUACCCAGUACUUUUUCACAGGAGAACUAACUGUCCCAUUUAAACCUUUGUGAAUUAAACAUCUUUAGGACUACAGGGUAGCUGUUUCUGUUUUGCUCACAAAGCCUCCAUUCUCCCAAAGGUUAGACAAGGCGGGGGGAGCGUUGACCUAAUUCUCAACAUAUUAACACUCCAGGAGUCAGAACCAGACCAAGUUAACAGGAUGGGCAACAAAGUUUAUAAGGGAAGUUUGAAAACUGUUUUGCUCCAUGAUUUGCUUUUCUGGUAAUAUACUACCAAUAUACUGAAUGCAGAAAGUUGCAGGAUCCAUCUUCAGAUCCAUAUUGUUGUAUGCAAAGCACCUAGCUCCAUUUUAUGUAAUCCGGUCUUUGAAACCCACUAGAAUACAACAGAGAAAAUUGUUGAGAGAGAAAGAGAUAUUCCCCUAAUAUGUUUCCCUUCACACCACUACCAGAUGUAGCUCCCUUUUUCAUUUCCAUAAAAUGGCAUGCUCAGAGAUAACCAGACUUGGAAACAUGCAGUCUGUAAGGCUGCUCAAUUUAUUUUCAUGAGCAAAAUGUCCAUGGGAGUGUUCGUUCUAAACAGGUUUUAUAAUAAAUUGCACUAAAAGGGAUGAAAUUAAGCAUUGCCAGCAAAAAGUAAAUGGGAUUGAAAAGUGAAUGACAUUUUUACCCAAUGGAGUUGCAUACUUUCUUCAGUCAAAUUGACAUGUUUUGAUGGGAAAUAUUUCUGGUUAGGUUCUGCUAUGACUGGAUACUUUUAAUUUCUAAUCUCCUUUUUCAGGUUUAUCUUUGCCCCUUGCUUUUUUUAGAGUUGGUUUCAUUUAAGUUUUGAAGUCUCUUAUGUUUUUGUAUGUGUGUAUCUACACGCACAUACACACACAAAUUCUGCACAUAGAGAAAGAGCCCUAAAAUAGACAGUGUGAAGUCUGCUGUAUUAAUGAGAAAUAUUUUUCCCAAAAGUGCAUUCUAAGAUCUGGGACCUCCUGAAAUAGCAUGAGGAUCCUAUAUAGAAUUGUAGUCUUGCAAGUCUCUUGUUUUUAUCCUAAUGGUAAUUUAUAAACUUCAUUUUGAACUUGAA